AUGGCCUGCAAGAUAAAAGAGCUCCCAACAGAAAUCGACCUACAGAUUUGGUCGCAUCUUUCAUUGACUGAAUUGUCGAUGCUGAGCCAAUGCGACAAGACCAUCAACAAAUUGUUGAACUUCUAUCUCCUGCACACCGCAAUAAUGUUUUGGGGUUGCUCUCAAAGGGACCGCCUUCUCAUCCGGAAAGCCUUGUCUUACGGUGCCGAUGCUAGUAUCAUCGAGGUUGAUGAGGCUGACCCUUCAGCAUCAACCAACUUCGGGCUUCCCUUACGAGAUCAUCCCACCAAGAGGCUCACCAGAGUUUCUACCCUUGCCCUUGUUGCUGAGAGUGGUGAUGAAGUCACUUUUCAGUUUCUUUUAGACCAUGGUGCGCGGGUCGAUCCCUGUAUUCUGAGUGACUCGAGAUGGCCAUCAAUGUCCAAAUUCUUGCUUGCUCCCCACCGAAUGCAGCUCUUGUAUCAAUGUAUUAAGAACGGAUUGAUCGAUGAAAUGGCAAACCCCAAGGAAUCCAUCGACAGACUAUUAAUUGAACCGGUCGGUUCAAGUGCUGACCUUGACGAGAGUGACUGGUGGGCUAAGGGCGCCAUCCCUCGUCUCAGCUUGUUGCAAAACACAGACGGGAGAGAUAAGAGUGCGGUAGUAGCAUCCGUUCUCUUAGAAUCGAUCUCAGUCGCCAGAUUUCUCGCCAGCUUUGUCCCUUCUUGGCGCAACCAUCCGAUAGAAUUCCUAUUACGCGCAUACUACGGAUAUGACUGGCUUCGCCUGAUGCUAUUCGUCCCCCCAGUCAUUCCCAAACUUACUCGUACGACAACAGAAUGGCUCGUUCUGAUUGCUGCUCACCAGAUGGCUUCAUCUGGAUCCACGAAAAUGAUUGAUGUGCUAUUAGAAGCCCAGAUAGACAUCAGCAAAGACACAACGGAGAUUGGCUUUCCAUUUGGGCGACGAACUAUCGACGCCUUGACGGAAGAGUGGCUGAUAGACCCUAAGUGGCUUACAGGCGUGGAUGCCGUGUAUGUUUAUGUUCUUUCUGUCGAUUGCACCAAGCCUACUCAGCCUGGGGCUCUGUCGGCAUCACAGGGAUUGGAGUAUCUAUUUCAGAAGGGCGCCUCCCUUGGAAAAACGCUCUUCUGGGGUCCUGAAGGGUUGUCCAUAGGCUGCAUCCGUCCCUUGUAUUGGUAUGCCUGGAGAAAAUGGGACUGUGAGAGAGGACUGCUCCACGAUGAGGCAUUCUCAAUGCUGAAAAUCCUGCUCAGGAAAGGCGCAGUCAAGGCGAUGCUCAAAGACUGCCUCACAGUAUGCAAAUGUACCCGUUCUCCAACCCAGUCUGCUCUGACCUUGAGCCAACGACAAGUUAUUCUCGCACGCUGGGCAGUGCUGUUGGAUAUAAUGACGAUAGAAUAUAGCAUUCAUCCGCACUACACUCCUGGGCUGAGUCGCAUGCUCUCCCACCUUCUUCGGUCAAUAGUGAAGGAAGCACUUGAUUUGGACCUUGAUUCACCUGAAAUCAACACUCCCCAUCUUUUAGUGGCCAGAUUGAACCGUGGCAUCAUCAACAUUAGACAUGCUCUUACAAUACGAAAGUUGAUCGAAAAGGGCGCAAACCUCAGAUGCACGGCUGUGUGGGGUGGAAAGCCUGAGUCUAUAUUGGAAGCUGUAUCAAGCUCAUUCAAGCAAAACCUCAAGCCGGAUACCAUGAGAUACAAGCUUCAACGUUCAUUCGUGAGAGGCCUGAUUACGCUUGGUGCCAAGCCUCUGGGAGAUGACGAAUUCUCUGGUGGAUUGGAAGUUGAUGAAGAGCAAUGCUUUGGUUUCGUUUUCGGAGCCGACCCAGCGAGCAAGACAUUGCCAGCGUAUGAAGGCGUGAUCCCUGAGGAGGAAAUCCCACUUUGGACGCUGGACGGUGUCCCGCUUCUGUGUCUUCCGGAAUCAUGCUUUCCGAAAAGAAGGAUAUGGGAACUCUCCCCCCGGUGCCAGAUAGCAAAUCUCACUUGA